GCCCCGCCCUGGAGAACUGACUCAGGGAGCUCCCAGGAUGGCCGUCCCGCCUGGCAGCCUGAACGUGAUGGAAGAGACUCGGAACAUGACAACGAAUGAAUGCUUCCAAUCCCGGAGCACCGUCCUGCAGGGGCAGCCCUUUGGGGGCAUCCCCACCGUGCUGUUCCUCAACAUCUUCUUGUGGGUGGUCAUCAUUUUGGUUUACUCCUUCCUCCGGAAAGCUGCGUGGGACUACGGGCGCCUGGCUCUGCUGAUACACAAUGACAGCUUGACCUCACUGAUCUAUGGGGAGCAGAGUGAGAAGACAUCCCCCUCGGAUAUUUCCCUGGAGAUGGAACACAGGGACAAGGGCUUCUAUUCCUGGUUCUUCAACACCGUCACCAUGAAGAACGAGGAUCUGAUCAGCAAGUGUGGAGAUGAUGCCCGCAUCUACAUCAUGUUCCAGUAUCACCUCAUCAUCUUUGUGCUCAUCCUCUGCAUCCCCUCCUUGGGUAUCAUCUUGCCCGUCAACUACACCGGAACCGUUCUGGAUUGGAAUAGCCACUUUGGUCGGACCACCAUUGUCAAUGUCUCCAUAGAGAGUAAGGUCCUGUGGCUGCAUAGCUGCUUCUCCUUCCUCUACUUCCUCAUCAACCUCGUCUUCAUGGCUCAUCACUGUUUAGGGUUUGUGCCCAAGAAGAGCUACAAGGUCACAAGGACACUGAUGAUCACCUAUGUCCCCACGGACAUCCAAGACCCGGAAAUCAUCAUUAAGCAUUUUCAUGAGGCUUACCCGGGGUGCGUGGUGACCAGAGUCCACUUCUGCUAUGACGUCAGGAUGCUGAUUGAGCUGGAUGAUCAGAGGCGCCACGCGAUGCGGGGCCGGCUCUACUACACUGCCAAGGCCAAGAAGAGCGGGAAGGUGAUGAUCAAGACCCACCCCUGCUCCCGCCUGUGCUUCUGCAAGUGCUGGACCUGCUUCAAGGAGGUAGAUGCAGAGCAAUAUUAUAGUGAGCUGGAGGAGCAGCUGACUGAUGAGUUCAACGCUGAGCUCAACCGCGUUCGGCUGAAGCGUCUGGACCUGAUCUUUGUCACCUUCCAGGACACCAGGAUGACGAAGCACAUCCGGGAAGAUUAUAAAUACAUCCAGUGCGGCGUGCACCCCCAGCAGUCCUCCGUGAGCACCAUCGUCAAAUCCUACCGCUGGAGGGUCGCCCUGGCCCCACACCCUCAAGACAUCAUUUGGAAACACCUGUCUGUCCGCCGCUUCCAUUGGUGGGCCCGCUUUAUCGCAAUCAACACCUUCCUCUUCUUCUUCUUCUUCUUCCUCACCACGCCCGCCAUCAUCAUCAACACCAUCGACAUGUACAACGUCACCCGCCCCAUUGAGAAGCUGCAGAACCCAGUCAUAACCCAGUUCUUCCCCUCCCUGAUGCUCUGGGCAUUUACAGUGAUCAUGCCUCUGAUUGUCUACCUCUCCGCCUUCCUAGAGGCCCACUGGACCAGAUCAAGCCAGAAUCUGAUCAUCGUGAACAAGUGUUACAUCUUUCUGGUGUUCAUGGUGAUUAUUCUGCCCUCAAUGGGACUGACCAGUUUGGAUGUCUUUUUCCGGUGGCUCUUUGACAUCUACUACUUGGAGCAGGCAUCCAUCAGGUUCCAGUGUGUGUUCCUGCCGGACAAUGGCGCCUUCUUCGUCAACUAUGUGAUCACGGCGGCUUUGCUGGGCACGGGCAUGGAGCUGUUGCGCCUGGGGUCCCUCUUCCUGUAUAGCACCCGCCUCUUCUUCUCCAGGUCGGAGCCCGAGAGAGUCCACAUCAGAAAGAGCCAGGCCAUGGACUUCCAGUAUGGGCGCGAGUAUGCGUGGAUGAUGAAUGUGUUCAGCGUGGUGAUAGCAUACAGCAUCACCUGCCCUAUCAUUGUCCCUUUCGGGCUACUCUACCUGUGCAUGAAGCACAUCACCGACCGUUACAACAUGUACUACUCCUACGCGCCCACCAAGCUCAACGAGCAGAUCCACAUGGCCGCGGUCUACCAGGCCAUUUUCGCACCGCUCCUGGGUCUGUUCUGGAUGCUCUUCUUCUCCAUCCUGCGAUUAGGUACGCUGCACACCAUCACCUUCUUCUCCCUUUCCACGCUCAUCAUUUCCAUGGUCAUUGCCUUCGUUAGCACUCUUCUGGGGAAGCUCCAGGGGGUAUCUGACUAUGAGCCCGAGGAGGAGAUGGAGACCGUGUUCGACAUGGAGCCCAGCAGCACCUCCUCCACGCCCACCUCCCUUAUGUACGUGGCCACUGUGCUGCAGGAGCCAGAGAUGAACCUGUCCCCCGCCUCCUCCCCCGCUCGGCACACUUACGGCACCAUAAACAGACAGCCGGAGGAGGGAGAAGAGGAGAAUGGCGUGAGGGGCUUUGCACAGGAGCUGGGCUCCGCCCAGUUCCAGGAAGGGCUGGAACUGGAGGGCCAGAGCCAGUACCACUGA